AUGAAAUGGUGCAUUAAAUUAUAUCCAAGAGGGAACUCGGAUGAAAAUUACAUAAGUACUUUUCUCAGCAGACAGGAUGAUCUUCAAGAAGCCUGUACAGUAAGUUUCGUUACUAAAUUCAUCGCUUGUAAUAAAAUCGAAUCUCCCACCCUAAAAGCAAACCGUACCCUAGGCACUGUAUUUAGAGGAAAAUAUGCUUGGGGAUAUAAAGAAUUUAUUGAAAGGAAUGUUGUUUUAAGGGCUCUUAUUAGCGAUAUUCUCGUUAUAAAAUAUACUUUGAAACCAUUUUCUGAAAGUAAUCCUCAAGAGAUAUUUCCUGCAGUGCUUUAUAACAGUGGAUUGUUCACGGACGUCUUGUUACGAGCUCGCGGUUCAGAAUUCAAAGUGCAUAAAGCUAUCUUGUGGGCAAGGUGGCCUGAACUGGCAAAAAGACUCGAUGAACAAAAGUGUUCCUACCAAGAUUUCGAUAUUAGACCGAACAUUCUCGCAGCCAUGAUCAAGUAUAUUUAUACUGGAAAAUUAGAAUACGUGCAUAACUUCCAGGAGAUCUCUGUCACUGCAGCAAAGUAUGGAGUCCGCAUUCUCAGUCCUCCGCCUGGUAGAAUGAAAGCGUGGGAAACUCGCAUUAAUACUGAAAAAAUUUCCAUUGUGUGGCCAAUAGAGAACUUUCUCUAG